ACGUACACUACUUUGCGCCAGACCCCCUCCACCACGUGAUUUUCUCCCCACUUUCUGCAAGAGCCGCCGCGCGUCUGGCCCAUUCCCACUCUCGGCUGAUUUUCCAUAGCGACGACGAUUGCCACCCGGCACAUGUAUACCAGGCUGACAUCUCCAUUACAUCGUCCUUUGUCAACAUUGUGUGUGGUCUCACUAGAUCAGACCAGACGAGACGAUUGGGGGACUAAGACCGAACCCAUUCAGUCACUCUGACGCCAUGUUCACCACAAUGGGUCGAUCGAGACGCAGGACGGGAGAUCAAGCGGCGGCCGCUGCUGCUCAACGCGAGAUCUCACCUCCACCUCCAGGCUCUGAUAGCACCUUUGGAGUGAGAAGCUUGAAUGGGAGCGUCACUUGGAGUCCUGCAGUGGAGGGAGACCAUGGAGGGGCAAUGGAAGGCUCUUCGACACGCGAAGCCGUGUUGAACCGUUCAUCUGAUGACAGCGAUCACGCUUCGUUCUCGGCGAUAAGCUCGUCGAGGGAGGAUCAAGGUGGAUUAGACCUGGACGUCAUGAGUGGAGGAGGAAUGGACGAGGACAGGCUGUCGACCACUACUCGUACUCGUGAUGAUCAGCAGCGUGAACUGACUGAGGAAAUGGAUACUACGCCCGUAUCUCUGGCACCGUCCCCCCUCUUACCUGAUCCAUUCGACACCUCGUCAUCUUCUCCACGUCGAGCACCUGGUCAAUCAUCGACUGAGAACCAAAUAUCGCCAUCAGCACCUAUCCCAGUGAACGGCCGCAUAGCUCAUAUUGGAUCUGGCAUCAUGUGGGGUCCUUCGAGUCCUGAUGAAACGCUUCAUCCAUUAUCUUUAUCGACAUCGUCAUCCACAGCGACGGGUCAAGGUCAAGGUCUCGCAUCGUUGAUAUCUGCUUGUCAGUAUCCAAUGACUCAACCUUCGCCUGAUCCUUCCUACCCUGCUUCCGUCUGGCGAUACAAUCAUCAUACAGCUGACGGAGAUAAGGAUGACGAAGAAGAAGAAGAAGAAGAAGAAGAAGAAGAACUAUUUCAUCGUACACUGUCAAAUCAGGACACUGGUCGUGACCUACCUAGUGAACCGUCAUCCCCUGCAAGCUUUACAAGUCUACCGUCCUACGUCGGCUCCAUGAGCUCCUUAUCCAGGACUUCAUCCCCGAUCAGCGGUAUCUCAGGUCCUUCCAUUAAUCGCGAAUUUUCCGACGCGGUCCAUUCGCGCAUCCCACCGCAUUACAGGGACUCUUCAGCUGAAUCGCUACUACAAGGAGGCGAACAUCUAGGACAUCGAUCCGAGGAAUUAGUCAUUCCCAUGCUGAGUCUUCCAUCCUCCAGUCUGCAUCUCAGUCUGGCGAGCUGGCAUGGAGAGACCAACAUGAUCAAAGUUGUACUUCUAGGCGAGGUGGAGCUCGCUAGAGAAGUCAUUAGGGUGUUGGAGAAUCGCGUUCAGAUCGUGCAUCUGGACAAGGGCGGAAUCGGGAUCGUCAAGAACGACAAGGUCGUUCUGAGCUUGACGAUUGCCUCGAGCGUAGAGCAGAUUCGAAAGACCAUCCACGCGUCUUACAGUGCGCUGUCCAGGUUGUUGCAUCCCCACCCUCCCAAGGGAAGCGAAGGUUCGGUCAGGCGAAUGAUCUCCGAGCACUCGAGGCGAGCCCUAUGGGUGCAUUUGAUCCUCAACCUAGGUCCCGAUCCUAUUCCUCAAUCGCUCUCCAGCAUUGCGCCGGUCCGUCACCUGGCGCAAAAUAUACCCGAGACCUCGCGGCCGUCCGAGGGCCCCCACGAUCCUGCUGCCUCGCCCUCCUCGCUUGACGAUCCUACACCGAUGCCCGGGUCUCAUCUAGCUUCAUCUUAUUUCGCAGCAUCGACCACGGGCGAUCUCAAUCGGGCGGAACGCUAUGCACAAGAUCUUCAAGAGCUCUUGGAGAAUCUCCCAGCCGUCGAAACCCAGUCCAUCGACACCUUCCUCGCCCGUCGAGCCUUCAUGAUGUCUUCUGAUCCUGCUUCGUCCCUCGAAGCCAGCAUCACAUCAGCUGAUUCUGGUUACCAAUCUCAGCCGCAUUCAGGCACGUCCUCCCAUUUUGACAGUCAUCCGCCUAUGCCGACUGUGGCACGAGCGUCUGGAGGCGGCGAAUGGGAAGCUGGUCUAUCUCGGAGGAUCGCAGCGAACAUCCAGCGGCGUGAGAGAGACGAUCACCAUCGAUCGACUCGAGGAGCCUUGUCUCGCGCUCGACCAGUCAAAGACAGGCGAGUCAAACGGGCAAAUUGUUCCCCACCACCGCUUUUCCCGAUCUCUUCUGCGCCUAUCGGCAAGGUCUCCGGCGCAAGAUCAUCGACCAUACGCACGUCCCUCAUUUGGAAGACGUUUGGAGAUAUUUGGAAUGGUCUCUUUGGGAUCUGGACCACGCCGAUGAUCAUCAGUGAGCCCACGGGGAUCCCUGAGCCGACAAAUCGACCAUCAGCGCCUCCAGAAGAUGAGGUACCUCCCAAACGACGACGACCCAAUUGGAGAUGGCGGAUUGGCGCUGCCAUCGUCGCCGUGGGUGUGGGGAUCUGGUUGUCUAACACCAAGAUCCAAGUAUCGGCACAUAUCAAGUUUUAGCCUCCAGCUUGUUCCCCCAUUGUAUCUAUCCUUUCAAGUUGUCUCCUCCUCAGUUGUUCUCAGUGUAGACUCUCGUUGUACGAUGGUCUAUAGGCGUUGUCUCUCUCUCUCUGUCUCUCCACACCAUGUAAUGUCUGAACGGCAGUCGGUGUCUAUCAUACUUGACCCCCGCCACAUCAAUCAUUUGGAACCUCCACCUCUGAAAUAAUAAGCUUCCGUGUGUUCCUGAAGUAGGCUCU